AUGAAGUUUUCGAACUCUUUGAAGUAUAAUGCGGUGCCAGAAUGGCAGGAGCACUAUUUGAACUACUCGCAGCUGAAGCGUCUAAUUUACUCGCUCCAAGCCCAAGAUCUGCGUGUAAUCGAUGAGGGCGGUCACGUCGACGCAGAACGUUUGAAAGCACUCGAGGGUACAUCCAAGGCCCUACAGAAAUUCAAGAACAAAUUCCGCAGGAAUGAACGUGGUAACAACAACGGUCAAAGCAAGUCUAAAGACGCUGCAAGUGACAUUGAGGGAGAUGUUAACGUAGAAACUUUGGAGUUGGACGAUUUCCGGUCUUCUGCGCGCAAAAAUGCGGGGAAAGCCGCUGCGUUUGACCAUCGUUCGUCGCUUUCUAGCGAUAGAACACUCUUCAACCCCCAGGAUACUUUUAUCAGUAAACUAACCGACGAGCGCGCUAAGAUUGAUAGUUUUUACGAACAACUCGAAGCUCAACUCUACGGCCGUUUCGACACCCUACUCUCAGACCUGCAAAAAGUGACAGGUGCAGGUCGUCGCACCAGUGUUGUCACUGGAACUGGGAGGGCUCCAUCGGUUUCACACAAUGACGGUAUGGAUAUGUCUGAAAGUGUAGUAGAUGGACCCAGUCAUACCCACAGACGCGAGUCGGUGCUUUCAAGACGCAGUACAGCCAUCGCUGACCUACAUCGCGAAGGCUACGAACAAGAAGAUGAGGAAGAUGAGGAAGAAGAGGAUGAUUUUGAUGAGCAUCACGAGAACACCGCCUUGCUCAACUACUCUGAUUUCAAUGUUAAAAGCCAAAAAAGGGCAAUUCUCAAGAGAAAUCUGAUAGACCUUUAUGUUGACCUUGCUCAACUCAAAUCGUUUAUCGAACUUAAUCGCAUCGGGUUUCUCAAGAUCAGCAAAAAAUUCGAUAAAACAUUGAACUGCAACAUCAAGCGCGAGUUCAUCGAAUCUGGCGACUUUUUUGCCGACACCUACGUAUUUCAACCCCACACAUUGGAGAAUUUGGACUCCCACAUCAUGCAGCUGGUCGAAUCAUACGCUUUGUUAACUCACGGGGACCUGGUCGCAAGUAAGGAAGAGUUGAGAUCAUAUUUGCGUGACUUCAUCGUUUGGGAAAGAAAUACGGUAUGGAAAGACAUGUUGGGUCUAGAGUCGCAUAACAAUACUUUUACCUCUGCGGGAAGGCCCGACGUCAACGGGGAUAUCGCUAAUUUGGAAAACAAUACCCACCUCGAAUACCGCAUUUGGAAUCUUCCAAGACCAAUCAAGAUACGGUCCUUAACGUGGUCGACCAUCAAGGUUCCAGAACUUUUUUUCACGCUCAAAGCUUUGAAGCUUUACAUCAUCAUUGCAUGCACAAUUAUUCUUCUUCUCGUUCCCACUUUUAACGACCGUGCCCAACACCGUUGCAUGGCGCUUGUCGCAUGUGUUGCUUUCCUCUGGGCUUCUGAGGCUUUGCCUCUAUUUGUCACAGCUAUUUUGGUCCCUAUGUUCGUAGUGGUGUUCAAAGUUGUCAAAACAUCUGACGGCCAAAUAAUGGAUGCCGCUUCAGCGUCCAGCUGGAUUUUGUCCAAGAUGUGGUCCUCCACCAUUAUGAUUUUGUUGGCUGGGUUCACAUUAGCGGCUGCUCUCUCCAAGUAUAAUGUCGCAAAGGUCCUCGCGUCGUAUCUACUCACAGUUGCAGGAACUAAACCUCGGAACGUCUUGCUCAUGACCAUGGGAGUCUGCUUCUUUUUGUCGAUGUGGAUUUCUAACGUCGCAGCUCCAGUUUUAACCUACUCCCUCAUCCAGCCUGUCCUGAAAACGCUAGAGUACAAUUCUCCAUUUGCCAGAUCCCUCGUUCUUGGUGUCGCCUUGUCUGCUAACGUCGGUGGUAUGGCGUCACCUAUUUCAUCGCCUCAAAAUAUUAUCGCUAUGAACUACUUGAAACCGUAUAACGUAGGCUGGGGUCAAUUUUUUGCCAUCGCUCUGCCAAGUAGUAUCCUGUCCAUGUUGACUAUAUGGGGUCUUUUGUGUUUAACUUUCAAGAUACACGGUACACCUCUCAAGAAGUAUACCCCAAUCAAAGAAAGGUUCACAUUAAAGCAAUACUACGUUAUAGUAGUGAGUUUGGCUACCAUCAUUCUUUGGUGUGUUGAGUCAAAGAUCGAGGACGUAUUUGGAGCAUCUGGAGAGAUAGCCGUUAUUCCAAUCGUGCUCUUUUUUGGCACCGGUUUGUUAAGCACUCAAGAUAUUAACAAUUUCCCUUGGUCAAUUGUCAUUUUGGCUAUGGGUGGUAUUGCAUUGGGUGGUGCCGUCCAAUCCUCGGGUCUGCUGGCCACUAUUGCUGGAGCAUUGCAACGUCGUGUCAUGGACUUUCCCAUCUAUGCUGUUUUGAUCAUCUUCGGUGUCGUUAUGCUAGUGGUCGGAACAUUCGUGUCUCACACAGUGUCUGCCAUCAUCAUUGUUCCUCUGAUGCAAGAAGUCGGUGACAAACUGCCUGGAAAAAACUCUGCUCCUAUCUUGGUUUUCGGAUGUACCUUGCUUGCAUCCUGUGGUAUGGGGCUCGCAUCGUCAGGAUUUCCCAAUGUCACAGCCAUUUCGAUGGUCGAUGAAGUGGGCAACCGAUACUUGAGCGUUAAUACAUUCUUGACGCGCGGUAUCCCCGCUUCGUUUCUAGCCUUUCUCUGUGUCAUCACUUUGGGCUAUGGGAUCAUGAAUUCGGUAUUGUAA